AUGGGGUCAAGAAGGAUUUCACAAUCAAGUAUCUUCUCGAGAUCACUUCAUAGUAUCUUGGAUACUAAGGAAGAGCAGGAAGACCACACUCGCCCAAGGACAGCCGACAACAGCUCUAUCUGCCCACGGACAGCAGAUAGUUUCUCUAAGUUGGGUGGCAAGACAACCAGGCGAGUUCAAUCCACAGAGUCUCAUGAGAGCAUUUCAUCGCGGAGACAUUGCAGCUCAUCAAGGUCCGUCAAUCUCGGGCAAGCGCGGUUGGAGGCGAGGAGGAUAGGAAACCUGGCGAUCCAAGAAGAGAGGCUGAGGCAGGGGUCCUUGCGCGACAAUUCCUUCAUACGACAAGUUCGCGUCUUCCGAAAGAUCAACGAAUCGAAUGGAUGGAAGGAGCCUGGAUUCCAAGACAUCGUGGCGAAGCUGAAGAGUGAGAUGCACAGUAAGUACAGGACGGGGUUUGGAGUGCUUCGGGCUACGAUCAACGAGCUCGACUCUGAACUGAGUCAUCAGACGGAAGAGAACUUCGAGGAGUCCCUCCUGCAUGCUUCUCAUCCGCACGUCCACAGGAGAGAUGCGUUCAGGACAGAUCAGUCAGACAUGUACAAUUCUCUGCUGGAAGCAGAUCUUCCGGAGUCGAUGAGAUACGAUCAGCUCAAGUCUCAGAACCUCUCUCUGACCCUCACCAUCAAAGAUAUCAAGGCUGUUUUCCCGCAGAGCUCGCACAGCAGGGUAGUGCUGGUGGUCUCUUGGGACGAGGAUACAAGGAUCGUUCCCUUGAGCCCCACUGUUGAUCGCUCGAAGAAUGUCACCAAAGUCGAAUCCGCGCAGAAAAUCACUCUAGAAUUCUCCUUGGAUGGGAACCUUGCGGAGUUUCCGCUGUACGUCGGACUUCACAGGCCUCGUGUGCUCAAGUCAAAGUCUAUCAGGCUAGCUGGAAACCCCUUGGGCGUUGAAUGGGAGGUGGUCAAUCCUGUGCGAUCGAUCAACCUUGAAGUGUUCGGCGGGAACAUUUCCUGCCUCUCGGGGUUUUCCAUCGACUUCGAGGACAUUCCAAGGAACAGGCUUGUUUCAGCUUGCCUGCCGCUUUCCCCAGAGGUUCCUCUCUUCCGACUCGAGAGCUUCCAAGUUGAGGACUUUGACAACUGCGAAGGAGCGAGAGGCUAUUACGACCUCGUGGAGACAGAAUUGACCGAGAGCAAACGGAUCCUGCGCACCAGCUCGACCAUUUCGAUUACUAGGACAACCUCCAACAUGUCGACGACGCAAACGCCUUCGACCUUCGCUCCUGUCAGAACCUCUUCGACCAUGUCGACAGCACAGUCUUCGACCUUCGCUCCUGUCAGAACCACUUCAGCCAUGUCCGUAGCCCGAACCUCGUCGGCAGCUCACCAACGCAUGCUGCUGUUUCUCCUCCUCUUCUCUACCAUGUCAAACUCUCUUCCUCCUGGGGACAUUCGCGGCUUGUUCGGCCAUUUCCACUACAGGAAAAUGACAGGGUCUCAGCUUACAUUCACUGGGAACGAGCCCUUGCUGCGAAUACCCAACGUGGGGUUUUCAGUCUGCCUGUCACGGGAAGGUUUAGUGCCUGCAAAGCCCGAGGAGAACAUUUCUGCCAGCGAGGCUGAGAGAUUGAGGGGUGCAUUUCCCUUUGCGUCAUCGCUGCUGCAGCUGGAUAGGAAGAAGCUCGAGAAGGCGCUGGGAGGCGCGAGCGCGAGGAGCAAGGAGAUCGACAUGCUUGCGUCGGGAUAUCGUGAGAGGAGGAGAGAAAGGGAGAGAGAGGAGAGAAAGAGCAGAGAGAGGGAGUGGGAGGAUAGGAUAGGAGAGGAGUAG